AUGGAUCUCGAUAAUUUGAAGGAAUGUUUCAAAGCAAUGGAAGCUAAAUUUACUAUUACAGGUAGUCCGAAUAACAGCGCUGCAACGUUUGCCGAUACGAUUAUAUCCGGCAUUAACGACUCGGUGAGAGAAGCCUUGAAGGAUAUUGACGGUGAGAAAAACCACAAAUUAUUUCAAGUUAAUAACAAAUGGUCUCAUAUUAAACAAGCCUUUGGCGAAACGCUAAAGGCGUUCGAUACAGGUGGCUAUCAGGUAGUAACCUCUGCGAUUAAUGGCUACGCCGUGGCCAAUAAAGCCAUUAUGGACGUCAUAAAGUCUGCUCUUGACAUAAUAACGACGCUUGAAAAGACUCCGCAAUUUGCUGUGGAAAAGAAGGCAGACAUAGAUGAACUCAUGGUGAAAUUGAAAAAUGACAUUGAAGGUGUUCGCGAUCGGAUUAAUUACAUUGAUCAAAUAGUUAAGGAAACCGCUGAUGCAUUGACAAUGGUCAUCAGUGAACUAGUUAACGCGUACAAUGAAGCUCGUAAAAACGCCCGCAAUGCGCUAUCCAACCUCCAAAAAAGCUCCUUGAUGAAGUAA